AUGGGAUCGCCAACGGGCGAAAGUAACACCGAAAAGCGCCCGCAGGACGCAGAGGUGUCCGAUUUUCCCAAUGAUGACAAUGCGGAUUUCGAUGUUAACGUCCUAAGUGCAGCCAACGGCGGCGAUGUCAUGGCAAUUAAAGCGUUCAAGAAAGAGGAACAGAGGAAGCCGAUUGUAAGUCUGCCGAGUUCGCUAAAAAGCACGAAAUCUGCGCCGAUCGAUAAAGAGGUCAUCGAAUAUAUCGCUGAAUAUCUUAAAGUUGGAUUUCGUGUCGCGACCAACGUCUUCAUCGAGACAAUACUUCUUGCGAGAGUAGAAUCAGCAAUAAAAAAUCAGAUUUAUCGCAAACUAUGGGAAAACAAAGACAAAACAGAAAAGUUGCUGAUGAAGUUGACGAAGCACAGAAAGGCGCAGAUCGACGACCACCAGAAUACCGAAUCGCCGUCAAAUGUGUCAACAUUCGACGACAGCAUCUCGACAGUCAACGAGAGCCAGAAUUUCGGAUCACAAAAUCCGCUUCGUUUGUAA